CCCAUCCUAGGCUGCAGCUCUGGAUACUUGUUGGAAGGUGCUGACCUCCAAUCCUGCCUGCUUUGGGCCUGUAAUCGCCAUCCCUGCUUGCUUCCCUGCCAGCAACAGGGGGAACCAAGUAGGCAGGCAGCCAGCAACCAGGGAUAGCGGGUGCGGCGCUCCUAAUGCUCCGCAGGGGUGGGGCGUCCCCCUCCCCACAUAGCCGCACAGUCAGGCCAGUGGGAGGAGCUGCCCGUGCCCCCCCUGAGCCCGCAGGACUAUAAAGCCGCCUCCAAGCGGUCUGCAGCUCCUGGACCAACUCUGCCAGCGGUGACUGCCCAUCGGCCGCCAUGAGCCACCCGUCGGGCCUCCGGGCCACCUCCUACCGCCGCACCUUCGGGCCACCGCCUUCACUGUCCCCCGGGGCCUUCUCCUACUCGUCCAGCUCCCGCUUCUCCGGCAGCCGCCUGCUGGGCUCGGCGUCCUCCAGCUCCUCCGCUCGCCUGGGCAGCUUCCGUGUCCCCCGGUCCAGCGCGGGUGCUCUCCUGCGCCUGCCCUCGGAGCGCCUCGACUUCUCUAUGGCCGAGGCCCUAAACCAGGAGUUCCUGGCCACGCGCAGCAACGAGAAGCAGGAGCUGCAGGAGCUCAACGACCGCUUCGCCAACUUCAUUGAGAAGGUGCGCUUCCUGGAGCAGCAGAACGCGGUCUUGCGCGGGGAGCUGAGCCAGGCCCGGGGCCAGGAGCCGGCGCGCGCCGACCAGUUGUGCCAGCAGGAGCUGCGCGAGCUGCGCAGGGAGCUAGAGCUGCUGGGCCGCGAGCGCGACCGGGUGCAGGUGGAGCGCGACGGGCUGGCAGAGGACCUGGCGGCGCUCAAGCAGAGGCUGGAGGACGAGACACGCAAGCGGGAGGACGCUGAGCACAACCUCGUGCUCUUCCGCAAGGACGUGGACGACGCCACCCUCGCCCGCCUGGAGCUAGAGCGCAAGAUCGAAUCUCUGAUGGAUGAGAUUGAGUUCCUCAAGAAGCUGCACGACGAGGAGCUGCGAGACCUUCAGGUGAGCGUGGAGAACCAGCAGGUGCAGCAGAUCGAGGUGGAGACGACCGUGAAGCCCGAGCUGACAGCGGCGCUGAGAGACAUACGCGCACAAUACGAGAGCAUCGCGGCGAAGAACCUGCAGGAGGCAGAGGAAUGGUACAAGUCCAAGUACGCGGACCUGUCCGACGCCGCCAACCGGAACCACGAAGCCCUGCGCCAGGCCAAGCAAGAAAUGAACGAGUCCCGACGCCAGAUCCAGAGCCUGACGUGCGAGGUGGACGGACUGCGAGGCACGAACGAAGCCCUGCUCAGACAGCUGCGGGAGCUGGAGGAGCAGUUUGCUCUGGAGGCCGGAGGGUACCAGGCCGGCGCCGCGCGCCUGGAGGAGGAGUUGCGACAGCUAAAAGAGGAGAUGGCGCGACACCUGCGCGAAUACCAGGAGCUCCUCAACGUCAAGAUGGCCCUGGACAUCGAGAUUGCCACCUACCGGAAGUUGCUGGAGGGCGAGGAGAGCCGGAUCUCCGUGCCAGUCCAUUCCUUUGCGUCCUUAAAUAUAAAGACUACUGUGCCUGAAAUGGAGCUUCCCCAGGACAGCCACAGCCGGAAGAUGGUUUUGAUCAAGACCAUUGAGACCCGGGACGGGGAGGUGGUGACAGAAUCCCAGAAGGAGCAGCGCAGUGAACUGGACAAGUCUACUCACAGCUAUUGAACCCAUUGGUCCAGAGCUCCCUGACCCUGCCCUAAACCUACUCUAAGCCCACACCCUAACACCAGUCCUGAAUGGGUCUCCUCUCCCUCUGCAUGUGUCUAAGGGAUGGUACACUUCCCUGGCCUGUAGCCAAGCCCUACCCAGCCUGCAGUGGCUGGGCUUCUCCCUGCCUUACAUAUAGAUAUGACCCAUAUCUUCCCCUUUUCUCAUCCUGAUAAGAAGCCAAUGGUCCCCAGGUCCAAUCUACUCCUGCCAUGAUCCCAUGAUCAGUGGGGUGGGCCAGGGUCUGAGUUUCACUUUCAAAUCAAAUAAAACUGCUGUCAAGAGAAA